AUGUCUCAAGUUUACUUCGAUAUCUCCGCAGAUGGAUCCCAAUUAGGUAGAGUUACCUUCAAAUUAUACGACGAUGUCGUUCCAAAGACCACCGAAAACUUCAGAGCUUUAUGUACUGGUGAAAAGGGUUUCGGUUACGCUGGUUCUGCCUUCCACAGAGUUAUUCCAAACUUUAUGUUGCAAGGUGGUGAUUUCACCAGAGGUAACGGUACCGGUGGUAAGUCUAUCUACGGUGAAAAGUUUGCCGAUGAAAACUUCUCCAAGAAGCACGAAAAGCCAGGUUUAUUAUCCAUGGCCAAUGCUGGUCCAAACACCAAUGGUUCCCAAUUUUUCAUCACCACUGUUCCAUGUGAAUGGUUAGACGGUAAGCACGUUGUUUUCGGUGAAGUUGUUUCUGGAUUUGACAUUGUCAAGAAGGUUGAAUCUUUAGGUUCCAACUCUGGUGCUACCAGAGCUAAGGUUACCAUUGAUGCUUCUGGUCAAUUGUAA